AGCUGUUCUAUUUGACUCGUAAGUGUAUAGCCAUAUCUUAUCUCUCCCUCUAUAUAUAUACAUCAACCCUGGAACGUGUCAGUGUGUGCAUCUGAUCAAAUAUACAAGAUAUUGUCUUCACAUAGACAAAAACAAUAAACAAAUAGAUUCUACACAGUGAGCAAGUGAUCAAAUAUCUCACAAGACAGAGAUCUAAUCCAAAUGGAUCAGGUGCGCACGUUAAACUCGAUUCCAUAUGGACUACAAGAAGUAGCAGAGGUCGAAGAAAUCGAGGAAGACAACGAUAACGAGAGCAUGACUUUGUCUUCGGUGCCUGAAAAUGAGACGUCGGAGUGUUCUUCGUCUCCGGAGACGUAUCCACCGCUCCCUCCUCGGCCUAAAACUCCAAGAGAGCCGAUGGAGUUUCUAUGUAGGUCAUGGAGCAGUUCUACGUCUGAGAUAACUUUAGCUUUGUCCUCUCAGAAAUCUAGUAAACAACUCAACAAAACCCAUAAACUUUCUGAGUUGGUCGGCGUCACUUCGCCGGCUCCGGCUCCGGUACCACCGCUGCAACUCGCGGAAAAAACGGCGAGCGUGUUUCACGCGCGGCGAACAAGUGCCAUCGGAAAAUGGUUCCACCACCGAGAUUUUGUAGGCGGGAAGAUUACCGGCAUAAGUAAGCGAGAUAAAUCUCGUUAUGAGAACGCGCAUCUUCACACCGCCGUCUCCAUCGCGUCUCUCGCGACGGCCAUCGCCGCCGUGACAGCUUCGGGAAACCAAGACGGCGCCUUCAUGGAUUCAAAAAUGAGCUCAGCGCUGGCCUCUGCAUCUGAGCUGUUAGCUUCUCACUGCGUCGAAUUGGCUGAGCUCUCCGGCGCCGGUCACGAUCGCGUCGUCUCUGCUGUUCGAUCCGCCGUGGAUGUUCGUGGACCCGGAGAUUUGCUGACUCUAACAGCUGCAGCCGCAACAGCAUUGAGAGGAGAAGCAGCUCUAAGGACAAGACUACCAAAGGAAGCUAAGAACAGUGCAGCUAUAAGCCCUUGUGAAAGAGCACUACCAGAGACUCAUGAUUGCUCUUCUGAGCUGGAUUCCUCCAGCACAACCACUGAGGAGCAGACAUCUUCACAGGGAGUUGAAGAAUCAGAUUUGGCCUGUAAUGGAGAGCUAAUGCAGUGCACACAAAAUGGAGUUUUGAGGUGGAAGCAUAUGAAAGUAUACAUCAACAAGAAAUCACAGGUUAUAAUACUCAAUGGACGCAAAAAAAAAAAAGGUUCUAUAAUUAUCAGAUUACUUGACAUUUGGGUCGCUUUCUUUUUGCAGGUUGUGGUAGAAAUCAAAAGCAAACACGUUAGAGGAGCCUUCUCCAUGAAAAGCAAAGGUAUUGUGAAUGAUGUAUGCGAGACAGUCUCGGGCCUGCAAAAUGUAAAAGAAGAAGAAAACACAGAAGAAAAAGAGCUCUAUUUCGGAAUAAGCACAGGGAAAGGUCUAACGAAAUUCAAGUGCAAGAGCAAGGCUGAUAAGCAGACAUGGGUGGAUAACAUCCGGAAUCUUCUUCAUCGAGUAACUGCUAUUGAGGCUAUCAAAACUUCUCUUCAAACUACAAACAUUGGCGAUAGUACAUAAGUUAUAUCUUGUGUUAAUCGUUAUUGAGUAUGUGUAGUGUUCUUUUUUUUCAUCUUCUCUUGUUUUAAUUUCAGUUGUAAACAAUUUUUUUUUUGAAAUAAUGAAGAUGAUUAUAAUAAGGCCUCACCGGAGGAGUGUUCCAGGUGGACUGGGACAGCUUUUUCCUCGAUGACAAUCCCAGUGAGUUUCUUCUGCCUCUCUGACCAAUCGUCUAUAGUCUCCACUUAAUACUCGAGAAAACUCACAACCAUGGUUUAUACAAUGCAACAAAACAGUAGUAAGUAGUCAUCAGAAAUUGCAGGGACUAAAAUAAAAGUAAUACAUUAACACAUUGUUUUCAACUUGGUCCAAAAGCAGUAAAGAGAGAUUACCAAGUUUAGAUAUUACCUCUUAGCUUUCUUGUUGGUAUCAACCUUCAACACCAGGGACUUUGUGCUUUUGCUUCUUCUGCUCUGAGUUUUCUUUGGCUGAGCCUCUUCGAUGUCUUUAAGCUUGAAGUAAUGAGGAGCUAUUUCAACAAGCCACUCAGGCUUCAUCUCGGUUACAUGCCUCAUAUACUCCUUGGUAGUAAGCACUAGUUCAUGAUACACCAACCACUUCUUAGGUGGCGCCCCAAAUAAGCCAGAGUUAGGAUGUACAUAAACCGUCUGAGGUUCUCUCACUCUUUUGUAUGAUCCAUCCUUCUGCAACUUAGCAGAAUGAGGAAAGAAUCCAGCCACGAUCGCCUUCUUAACCGCGUCAAGAUCAUCAGGGUUUGAAGUAAGUUCUACUCCAAUCUUCUUUAAAAGUCCAGCUAGCUGUUCACGUAUAUCUCUAGCUCUUCUCAUACUCUUGCUUUGGAUGUAGUUCUCGUAGCACCAUUGACUUGAGUAGUCCAUUUCCUUCCACGUGUUGUACACUCUUAACAAGGCAAUGUGAUCACCGGCCUUCUCUGUGUAGAAAUUCAUCCGAGCAUUGUCAGCAAGAUACUGUUGGUUCUUACUAGGACGGUAAAAGAUGGAGCUCCCUGUAGACAACAUGGCGGCUAUAGUGAUUAUCUCAACCGAGCACUUGUACUUCUCCGAGCCAACAAUCAUCUUUGAUAGCAUUGGAUCAACAGGAAACUCAACCAUCCUUUCACCCAGCUUAGUAAUCUCACUUUUUGCAUCCAAAGCACCAAGAGCAUAGAGCAAUUCCAAAGCCUUAACUAGAGAGUUGUCAGAUGGAGGAUCCAUGAAGUCGAAGUGGUACACAUCAUUGAUGCCAAGACUCUUCAAAGUAAGUACAACACUUGCAAGGUUUGCUCUUUUCACUUCAGGUACCGUUGUGGCCUCCAAGUCCUUCACGUUGUACAGCCUGAAACAUUUCCCCGGACCGGUUCUUCCAGACCGACCAGCUCGUUGCUCUGCGGAAGCCUUGGAGAUAGGAGUUUCAAGAAGUGACUCCAUUCCGGUUUUUGGAUCGUAAGAGUUGAUCUUGCAGUACCCUGGAUCAACCACGUACCUAAUCCCAUCAAUGGUUAACGAUGUUUCCGCAAUAUUAGUAGCCAGGACAACUUUCCGUGUCCCUUUAGCAGCUGGUUCAAACACUUUCGCUUGUAGUUCUGUCGGGAGGUUUGAGUAGAUAGGACAGAUAAUGAUCUCAGAGCUCUUUGAACCCAAAUCUUUCAUCCUUUGCUUCAACUUCGUUUCCGCUGUUUCAAUCUCUUCUUGUCCGGUAAGGAAAACCAAAACGUCUCCAAGUGGCUCAGUCUGAUGAAUCUGAAACACAGUGCGUAUCGCUGUCUCCAAGCGGUCAGGUUCAGGACAUUUCUGAAAUAGCUUCUCAACUGGAUAUCUUCUUCCCGGGAUCGGGUAGAUCAUAGCCGAAUCAAAAUAUUCAGAAAACUUCUUAGCUUCAAGCGUUGCACUAGAGAUGAUCAGCCUCAGAUCAGGCCUAGCCUUUGCUAAAUCCUUCACUAAUCCAAAGAGAAUAUCAGUGGACAAGGUUCUCUCAUGCGCCUCAUCAACCAUGAUGACACUAUAGCUACCGAGUGUCGGUUCAAUGAGAAGCUCUCUCAACAGCAUCCCAUCAGUCAUGUACUUAAUAACCGUCUUCUCUGAAGUACAGUCUUCGAAUCUAAUGGAGUAUCCAACCUCAUGUCCGAGCUUUACACCCAACUCUUGAGCCACUCUGGAAGCAACGCUCAUUGCAGCAACUCUCCGUGGCUGAGUACAACCGAUCUUUCCACGCUUAGUGUAACCAGCUUCUUGAAGAUACUGCGGUAUCUGCGUUGUCUUCCCCGACCCUGUCUCCCCAACAAUCACAAGAAUCUGAUUCUCUUCAAUGUGUUUCAGCAACUCAUCUCUGUACGCAUAAAUAGGAAGCAUCUUCCUAUCUUCCUUACCCCUUUCCGCAACUGUUCUCGACUCGUCUUUCUCAGCUUCCACCUCAUCACAUGUCUCAACUAACCUUGCCACCUCAUCAAACACAAACUCAUACCCAUCGUAAACUCCCUUCUUGUUCUUAGAACCAAACCUCAACGUCGCCUUCUGAGCCUGAUGAUCCUCCCAAGCUUCUCUCUCCGUCUUCCCUCUCUCCCUCGUCAUCUCACCAUCACCAUACCGUUCCUUCCCCACACCAAACCUCUUCCUCUGAUCAACACCACCUUCUCUAUCAUACGCAUCUGGAAUCUUAUAACAACCAACAUCAUCCCACGUCGUGUUCAACAGCUUAUACAAUUCCUUCUUGUACCUAAACUCAACUUCUUCCUUCUCUGUUAACUUCACACCUUCGAAACGCGAAAGCUCGAACUCCACCUGUUCCUUAAACUCCUCCACCUUCUUACUCUCCCUCCUCUUCAGAUACUCUCGUCUCGCUUCUUCUCUUAACCUCGCUAUCUCGUAAUUCCCUAAAACCUUUCCCUCUUCUUCUUCUUUCUCCUCUGAUUCUUCUCUUCUCCUCUUCCUAAAGCUUUUCUUUGGGAUAUUCAAUUUGAAUUUCACAGUGACGGAACCGAGAGAUGGCUUUUCAUCCGAUGCUACAGUUUCUUCUACGUCUAGAUCCAUAUCGACAAUCGAUGAUGAUCGUACCUGAACUUUCGAAUGCAUCUCGAAGGUCUUCUUCAUCUCCAAAUCGUUGAUCUCGACGGAGAAAACGGAAAGCGGAUUGGAAUUGUAAGGGAGAUUGUGAAAUCGCAAACCCUAAUUUCGUAUGGUUGCCUCCGAGUUGUGUGUUUAGAGUUGUUAACCGUGAAGACCGGAGCCUCACCUCUAUUUAUAGUUCUCUUACGGACGCGAAUUUCCUUUUUUUCUUCUGGCCCGUUUUUUCCUUUUGUUUAUGGGUUUUAAAGGAUGAGAAAAGUC